AUGUUCGCUUGCAGGUGUGACAAGCCUGGGCGUCGCAGUGGGGCUGGCGGGUUGCAGGCUUGGCAUCACCUAGCGAUUACCUACUGCGUUGCUCUGCUAACAGAUCAGCAUGUGAAUAUGCACUGACAAGUGUUAGAGACACUUGGAAAAAGAUGGCGGGAAGACCCCCACGAACCGGCGAACCAGGGAUGGGAGAAACAGUUGAGAGGGCCAUUCUUUCCCCGAGGAGAAGAUGGAACCAAGUGGCUUGGAGCUUGUUGACACACGAAACCAAUCCGACUGUGGAAAGGCUGGCAGAAUUGAACACCGGCACCGGCGCUGUGAGGACGCAAUAAUCUCUGCUAAAAGCGUGGGGUUUUUCACAUCACGAGGAGCUUGGGGGAUUUUCAUCUCUUGCUCCAUCAAGACACCGGAAGGGUAA